AUGGGUGUGAAGGGCAUGGCUAUAGUCUUGGCUGUGAUAUUCUGCACUACAAUUGUUCAAGGGUGUUUCCCAAUGUUCAAAAGGGGACGUCUUUGCAUACGCCCUGGAGUAAAAGCAGUGUGAGUGGCAGAUAUUGAGAAAGUCUCCGUAUUUUACCCAAGUAAUAACUGUGACAAAACAGAAGUGAUUAUCACCAUGAAAACACAUAAAAGACAAAGAUGCCUAAAUCCCAGAUCAAAGCAAGCAAACAUUAUAAUCAAGAAUGCUGAAAGAAUGAAGUUUUUAAAAUAUUAAAACAUCUGA